UCCGGCUGGCCGCGCACGUGACUCGCUCUGUUGUCAAACCCGGCAGCGGGGGUCCUCGGGCGAGUCCAUCGCAGCGGGAGGGGGAGGGCGAGCGGAAACACCGCUAUUACAACCCCUGCCUGGAGGAAACGCCCCUCAGCUUCCGCGCCCGGUGGUUAGCGCCAGGGGCGUGGCUGCGCAUGCGCCCUGGACUGGAGGAGCCGUUCGAGGGCGCAGCUGGUUGAGGUGGCGGCCGCGGCGAGGACGGUGCUGAGGUCCCAAACGGCGGCUGCGGCGGCCAGAGACCGUGAGUCUUCCUUGGAAACGACUGCUCCGGACCAUCGGGCGCUUCCGAAGCCCCUCGGCUCUCCCCGGCGGCCGGCGCCAUGUCCGCCUAUUCCAAAAGUUACAAUCCCUUUGACGAGGACGCAGACGACGAGGACCUGAAGCCCGUGAAGUGGAAGGAUGCCGAGGACUUGUCCCCGAAGUCCCGGGAGCCGCUGGACCGGCAGCAGUACCUGCGGCAGGAGGUGCUGCGGCGGACCGAGGCGUCCCUGGAGAGCACCGGCCGCUCGCUGUCCUCCAUCUACGAGUCGGAGAAGGUUGGAGUCGCUUCCUCGGAGGAGCUGGUGCGUCAGCGCGGAGUGCUGCAGCGCACGGAACAGAUGGUGGACAAGAUGGAGCAGGACUUAAAGACCAGCCAGAGGCACAUCAACAAUAUCAAGAGUAUGUUCGGGGGCUUCGUCAACUACUUUAAGUCCAAGCCUGCGGACACCGCGCCUCCCCCGAAUGGCGUCGUCGACCCCCAGCCUAACACGCGGCUGAAAGAAGCCCUGGCCACGAGUAAGGAGCAAGAGGAGAAUUACCAGGCGAGCCACCCCAACCUCAGGAGGCUGCAGAGCUCGGAUGCCGUUGGUGGGACCCAUUCUGCCGUCGGUGCGGACGCCUAUCCCAGGAAUCAGCAUCUCCGACAAUAUCACCAAAAAAUCGACAGCAAUCUGGAUGAGAUGUCCAAGGGACUCGGGCGGCUCAAAGACAUCGCCCUGGGCAUGCAGACGGAAAUAGACGAACAAGACGAGCUCCUCGGCCGGCUCACGACCAAAGUCGAGAAUUUAGACAUCAACAUCAAAAGCACAGACAAGAAAGUCCGGCAGCUUUAGAGACAGAUAAGGUUUUCUGGUCUUUCGGCCCGGAAUGAUUGGAGAAAUUCUUUCCUUCCCAAGACGUUCUCCAAAACCUGGGAGAAAACCAUUUCGCUGCUUUACUGAUUUAAGUUACUGAUCGAACCGUGUCUGCAAGUGAUCCAAGAGCAUGAGGUUGCUGAAGGGUUAGUGAGCCGGGACGGACCGGAGGGAGGGCCGGUGCCCCGGACGCUUUGCUGGAAUGGACCCAAUCACCCUGGGAAACGUUGCUGAUGUGAACGCUGGAGACCUGCCGUGCUCUUCUCCCUGAGCCAUCGCCCCUCAGGGGGGCCCAGGCCCCCUCUGUCUCGUUGUUGGAGGUGGAAUCGCCUCCCGUGCCAACGCUCCAUCCGACAGCAGGACGUCCUGCAAAGGUUCCGAGACUUCUCCCCCUCGGGUGUUAGCCACCCAGCUCCCCCCUCCGCCUUCCUUCCCAGAGCAGCAGCAUCCCUGGCCGCUGGGCGCCUUCUUCCCCUGCCCCAGUGGCUUUGCCAGUGGACCCUUCUUUCAGAUCCCCCGGGGUCCUUGCUGACUGUCCGCCCACAAAUAGGAGUAGACCACCCCUCUGCCCCAGGAGGCUCUGGAGACCCCCAAGAGUGUGUGCCGUUCCCAGCAGCUCCUUUCCCAAGAACUGGACAAAAACCUUUCUUUGUGCCAUCUUCCCCUCCCCCUGCACAUUAGCUGGCUCGGGACAAAGCCUCAGGGUGUGACUUCACGUCUCUCCACAAUUACAGAGCUUUGACUAAUCCCUGUCCUCAAUCUCCUUUUGCUAGAGGAGGAUUUGAAAACGUAGGGUCUGACUCAGAGAUGAGUCCCCUGCAGGAAGGAUCCUGUCACCAGAUCGGCCUCCUGGACUUUGUCCCCACCUCCAUGGCUCGGGCUCUGCCCCGGUCCUUGUCUCUGGUGAGAAUAUCAGAGACUACACGGUGCCCCGAGACCGGGGGGCGGGGAACCCUCACACCCUGCUGAGGCAGAGGCACACCUGUGAGGGUGAGGGUGAGCAGCCCGUCCGGGAUGGGCUAGCCGACCCCUUCCAGCCCAGUCGGUUCCUUGGAACCUUGCCAUCUUAGGGAAGGAUCGCAGUCUUUCUGUCUCUCAUCUCUUUCUUUUUCUGUCUCUGUCUCUCUGUCCUCUCUCCUCUCUCUCUCUCUUUUUCUACUUUCUUUCCUUCUCUCUCUCCUUAUGUGUCUCUGUGUAGCUAUAAAACAACCCCCCCACCCCCACGUAGCGCUGAAUGCUACCAACCAUGUGUCCCAGAUGCCAGCAGAGAAUUGUGGAUCCACUUUAAUGGGCCUGACCCAGACUUGGGUCACUUCCUGAGCUUUGAGGGGGAGUGAUUAAGUAAAAGACACUAGGCUGGGAAGCAGCCGCCUCCUCACAGGGCCCGCUUUGAAGCACCUUCCUUCCUAGGAGGUUUUUUCACAAGUGAGAGUUUCCACUGCCCUUCGUGCCUGUGACACCUUCAGGUGCUCCGUGCCUUUCUGACCUUGGACAUUUUGCUUCUUUGGGCCCGAAGGCUGGGGUGCGAGCUCCCGGCUUGUUCUCUUUGGGAUGGCGGCAAGGCUGGAGAUCUCCGCCUCCGCCUGCAGCCUCCUGAUGAUGGGAGCUCGAAGGGAGAAGCAAAGGCGGCUCUGAAGGGGAAGGGAGUUAGGGCAGGCAGGACUCCCACAGCCCCCGGUUAGGGCCCUCCCUAGUCGUUCUAACCAGACUAAGCUGGAAGGACUUUGGGAGCACAGAUUCUGAGACCAUCCUCGGCCCUGAGCUUAACUCCAUUUACCGAUGCCUUUCUUAAACUUCCCCCUUGUCACCUGUUUGUCUUCCUGUGUUUCAUUCUGAAAGGGAUGGACCGUUACGUCCUGGGCUCAGAAAAGUGACCUUUAAGGGAGCCAGUCACUCCUGUCUUUCAGGGCACUGGCGAGUGCUGGAAAAGUGGGGGAGAUCCUUAAUUACAAGCGGUUCCACAUUUCCUUGCUGAAAUGUCUCCUUUUGAGGGUCCCGAAGUCUUUUGAUCAUCAGGGAAGGAGCAUGUUUUGUGGGCACUAGUCAGCUGUAGCCAGGGCAUGUCUUUGGGACAUUAUCUCACUUGGAAAGAAGCGCAAUGGGAACCUCGUUCCCGUACCUUCUGUAUACUUUGGUGGGGAAGCAUUAAGUGUUUCUCCUUAAUUCUCCAACAAGGUCUGAGCGCUUUGGCCAGAGCUGAGUCUCAGGCGCAGACCUGUUUGAGACUAGGGGGCUGACUCGGGGCCCAGCCCCGGCUGUGCUCCUUGCCUAAAGCCCAGCGGAUAGAAUCGUACGCAGGAACACAGGUGCUAACAGAAUCGCCACGGAGAGCCGACUCUCCGAGCCGACGUCCUGCCCUCCCUUCUGCCAGAGACAAAGGCUGACCCAACCCGAGAUGGCGGCCGGGCCGGCUUCUGUCUCUUGUAUCCCACUUCAUCCUCCUCGAUCGUGCUGAGGUUCUCACAAAAGCUACAAAUGCAGUGCCAGCCCGAGGAGGACCUGGGGCCUGGGAUGAGCCUGCGAACAGCCGUGGCUCAUCCUCCAUACCGCAGCUUUCCCGUUCUGGGGGUUGGGUCUCAAGGCCGCCGCCCAGCUAAUACCAAUUCUCCUCUUGAAAGAAGACUGCUGUGAACCCUCAACCAGGGCAACCCUUUCUGUACUUCCUCUGGAAAAGAACACUCGGGUGGAAGGCAAGACUGUUACACUCAGAUCAAAAGGCAGGCUCAAGGAUGCAGUUUAUCUUCAAUAAAUCUCGUUUAAUUUUGUUGAUCUGUUAUUUUAAUUAAUUAAACCAUAUCUGUUACUAAUCUCACAUUUAACAGAAAUACAAAUCCUUUCAUGGAGACUAAAAGCAAAAGGCCUUUUCUUUUAGCAAUUUUGUCUGUAAAAAUUGAAAUGUUAAAUUGAAACAUUAAAAGUGCUUACUGUACAGUGGAGGAAA